AUGGCUUCUUAUUACUACUACCACUUCCUCUUGUUUGUUCUUGUUGCUACUGCUACAAUUUCUGAAGCAGAUUCAAAAACUAAGUUAUCUAAAGAUUUCUAUUCACGCAGUUGUCCUAAACUAUUGCCUAUAGUGAAAGAUGAAGUCAUAAAAGCCAUUAACAAAGAAACUCGCAUGGGAGCUUCCUUACUUAGACUACAUUUCCAUGACUGCUUUGUAAAUGGCUGUGAUGCGUCAAUACUGUUGGACAAUACAAAGAACUUCAUCGGAGAGAAAACGGCGGCGGCUAACAAUAACUCAGCAAGAGGGUUCGACGUGAUUGAUGACAUUAAGACCAAAGUGGAGAAAGCAUGCCCCAGGACUGUUGCAUGUGCUGAUAUUCUUGCUCUGGCUGCUAGAGAUUCUGUUGUUUAUUUAGGAGGGCCUUCAUGGGAAGUAGGCUUGGGAAGAAGGGAUUCUACCACUGCUAGCAGAGCUGCUGCCAAUAACUCUAUUCCUGCACCCUUUUUUAGUCUAACCACUCUCAAAUCAAAUUUUGCAAACCAUGGGCUUUCUGUGGAGGACUUGGUGGCUCUUUCAGGUGGACACACUAUUGGCUUGGCUAGAUGUGUACAAUUCAGAGCACACAUCUAUAAUGAUUCCAAUAUUGAUGCUUCCUUUGCCAAGUCUCUGAGGAGCAAGUGCCCCAGAAAAGGAAAUGAUGCUGUACUUGCACCCCUUGAACUUCAAACACCGACACAUUUCGACAAUCUAUACUACAAGAAUUUGCUGGUUAAAAGGGGUCUUCUCCAUUCAGACCAGGAGCUCUUGAAUGGUGGUUCUACUAGUGCUCUGGUGAAGAAAUUCGCUGCUAACAAGAACGAAUUCUUUAAGGCUUUUUCCAAGGGCAUGGUCAAAAUGAGCAGCAUCAAGCCUCUCACAGGUAAAAAGGGGCAGAUCAGAAUCCAUUGCAGAAAAGUCAAUUAGACAUGCAACAUUAGCAAGUGAUAUUUGUGGGCAAAAAUGUAUCUUCAACUAAUUAGCCAUCUCUUUGUCUAAAACUAUGUCAAAUGAUCA